CCCCACCCCACUCCCAUACCAUAGUACAGUAUACGCACCGCCCGGGAAAAAUUAAAGCACAUUUUCUUCAAUCUCUAUAUUCGCUCUCCCUCUCAGUCAAACUCUCUCCCAUUCAUUAUUUUUUUACUGCAAAAAAAAAAAAAAAAUGGCGACAAAGAAUUUUCAGAAGUAAUGAAGAUCACAGACGAAGCUUGUAAAUCCUGGCCGGCGAGCUGGCGGUCACUCGAGGGAGAUGCCAAGCUCCGUCGUCUGAGGAUGAGAAAAAUCCACCACCACGGUGGUGUUCGACGGAGGAUGGGCGGGAGUGGGGUGGCUACUCCGCUCUUGAGCUGGAAGUUCGAAGAUGGGGACAAUAAGCGUCUAGCUGUCUCCGGUGGUGGUGCUCCCCGGAGAGGGGCGAAAAGCGGGGAAUUGGUGGCGGUUUCUGCUAGGAAGCUCGCCGCCGGGCUGUGGCAGUUGGCGGCGGAAGUCGGCUUGCAUAGUACUGACGGCGGCGGUGCUAAGUGGGACUGUGGGGUUCUUGAUCGCCUUGGAUUCGAGCUGCAUUCUUGGAUGCAACUUCCCAAAUCUGCAAUUGAGGGAGCUACAAAGUGGGACCCUAGCUACUCAAGAUUGUCCAGAGAUGUUUACCAUUUCCAUAGCCAUGUGAGGCUUUGUAGAACCCAACAAACUCCAUGUCUGUCAUUUGCUUCUGCUUUGCAAUUCGAGGUACUGAAAGCUCGAAAUCGUGUGAAAGAGCUUGAAGUUGAGAAUAAGCAUUCCAGGAAGAAACUCAAGCAUUUUGUUAACAAGCUGAGUGAGGAAAGAGCGUUUUGGAUGAGGAAAGAACACCAGAAGAUGCGAAAAAUAGUUGAUGAUUUGAAGGGUGAGUUGAGGAGGGAGAGAAGAAACUGCCAGCAACUUGACAUGCUUAAUUCCAAGUUGCUUAGCGAUCUGGCUGAUACCAAGGUAUCUGUCAGACGUUAUAUGCAGGAUUACGAGAAAGAAAGGAAGGCGAGAGAGAUACUAGAAAAGGUGUGCACGGAUUUAGCAAAGAAGGUUGAAGAAGACAGCGCAGAAAUUGAAGCAUUGAAUGGCGAAUGCACAAAGAUUCGGGACGAAGUAGAUGAAGAGAGGAAGAUGUUGCAGUUGUCCGAGGUUUGGCGUGAAGAACGGGUUCAAAUGAAGCUGGUAGAUGCGAGGCUAAUUCUUGAAGAAAAAUACAGCGAGAUGAGUAAUCUGAUAUCGAGUCUUGAGACUUUUCUGAAAUCAAGAAAUGUAACUGCUGAUACGAUUGAGAUCAGUGAAGCUAGAAUGAUCAAACGAGCAAUAGACACUCUCAAAAACCACGAGACACCAAAAUUCUCCCCCGUCUCUCCACUUUCAAACGACAAGUAUGCAGUCUCUGAGGGCCCCGAAACCAGUAGAGCAAAAGAGCUGGGGAUCGAUUACUACCUUGGUAACAGUCCGAGCCAUGCCUCUGGAAUCCACAACGUCAAUCCUGGGUCUGAUAGUUUCUGCAAAUUCAUAAGGAAUUCAAAAAGCUUUGUUGAUAACGAUGAGGGUUGCAAAGAUGCCAAUAGUGCAGGAACUGUUACUCAAGUCGACGAUCAGCGUUCAAAUCACACUUGUGGGGGAAGUGAAAAGUCCGUCAAUAGAGUUGUCCAAAACAGAUAUGUUAAACAGAACAGUGAUCAGGGCUCCCCGGGCUUUGAAACUAGUGAAAUCUCAUGUGUCCAACCAAAACAUUCCAAGAAGAAAGGUACAACACUUCGCAAGCUUUGGAGUUCCUCGCCAAAUAAUGAUGACGAAUGCAGGACAACUUCACCUGAUGAGAACAGAAGGCUAUCGAAUGGGUCUAGUCAUAAUAUUGACGUCACUUCACUAGAGAAAGUAUCGGUUGAAGUGACAAAUAGCCACAAUGGUUUGGUAAACCUUUCCUGUUCCCCUGUGCUGGGAAACCACCAUAUAGCCCGAGCUAUGAAAGGAUGUAUUGAAUGGCCCCGGGGAAACCCGAGGCAGGGUUUGAAAGCCAAGCUUUUAGAAGCAAGGUUAGAAAGCCAGAAAUCACAGUUACGAAAUAUACUUAAACAGAGGACUUAGCAAAGUUGGCUGUUCAAUGUCCACUCAACAGCAUAUGCAAAUUUUCCUUGUAAAUUUAGUUCUCCCAUUUCCCUUACCUUCUUAGUAAAUUUUCAGUUUGCUAUCACCGGGAACUCGGUGAACGGCUGUUUCUAUGGAAGUAAAGUCGCUAUUUUCUGCUUCUUGUGGCUGUGAUUUUGUUUCCCUUGGUAAAAUGAACUUAGUAGACAGGAAUAUCAUGCAAAUCUCAAGUGUCC